AUGUUAUCAAAUUCACCCUGUUAAUGUGAUCCUAGGAGGUUAUAUUCGCUGUUGCCCAUAUAAAUAUGCUUUUGAAGAAGUUUUGUGUAAGUUAAAGUUUAAUUUAAUCGAAAUCGAUAUGUUUCGUUGGUUUCAUCGGAUGAUCCGUCAGAGGAUGAGACCUAUGGACCCGGAGGAGGCCAUGUCGACGAAGGCCAAGCUGUCCUUCUUGUACGCGUUCCUCGCGUGGAACGCCUUCGGUGCCGUCGCCUACUUCACCUUCACCGGGAGGAAGGACUGGCCUGAAUACUACGGCCUCAAAAGCGAUGAGGAACUCGCGAAACCUGCUGCCGUCUACUACGCCGAAUUGCUCGGCAUCAAAAGAGCCGACGUCUACAGCUUAAAAGGCUUCACGAAAGUCAAACAGUACGAGUACGUAGCCCCCGAAGAAUUGGACAAGUGAAAAUUAAUUUUUUUAUCAACCUGUUCUUUAGCCAUUGUCAAUAUUGUAUAUAUUAAAUAAAAAAAUCUCUUUG